AUGACCACUCUGUGUGGGAGUUCGGUAGAAAGAGUCUUAAAGAUCUGUGAUGAAGUCUCAAAAGAUGUCGGUAUGGAAACAACGCCUUUCGUCGUCGAUUGGUACAACGACUUUCGAAUAGAAGUUGCUCCGGAAUUACCACAACUAAUUGAAGUUUCCGGAAGGAAUCGUUUGGGCGUGAUUUGCAUUUCUAACAAAAAUUUCUUUCGAGGUGCUGUUCUUGAGGCUUAUAGUAAACGUGUUAACGACGGUGAAAACGUAGAGGAAAAGUUCGAUUUCGUUUCGGAGGGCAGCGAUUUCAUCGGGAGAAAACUGAAACCAUUGUUGGUUGAAGAGCUGUCGUGUGAGGAUCACAUCGUUAAGGUCAUGAAUGUGGACAAGCCGCCUUUUUUACACGUACAAUCACUUGGUCAAGUUGCCGGUCUCGAUAUGCAUUUAUCCCCGGAGUUUUUACAAGAAGGGCCUGAGAAAAUCGAAUGGGAAGUUGAAGUGCGAGAGGCCAUGCAUGAUGUGCGCGAUAAGGAUCUCUGGGGGUCCGCGUAUGAUAAA